UUAAAAUAAAUGAAAAACUCCAUACGCCAUUAUGUUUUAAAGAUAAAUAAAGACGGUGUGAAGCAAAUACGACAUCGGUGAAAUUAUUAUAAGUAAAAUGAAAGAACUAUUACCGCAUCUUCUUCUUGGAAUGUGUUUUAACACGAUUUUAUGUCAAUAUAUACCUAUAUGGUGGGAAAUAAAGCCUUAUGCGUACACGGAAAAUAACGAAACCAAAGGAGUUAUCAUUGACAUUUUUAAAAAAUACAACCAGUACUGUGAAGAUUUAAAAGUUAGUUUCUCAACGGAAACUAAUUUUAAAAAUAGCUACAAGGAAUUUGUGGAAAUUGCAGAAUCAAAUUUUACACAAACGCAUCAACUUAUACGCAAUGGCAGCGAGAGAGAUAUAAUUCUCUUCCCUUCUAUUACAACAAAUAUUACAUUAGCAGAGAAAAAUUUUGUUGCAAAGACAUACGCACACUCUCCAGGUGCAUUUGUUAUUGUGAGACAAGAAUCCAUCUCUGCAUGCAAGAAAAUGGCGGUUGGGUUUGUGAAGACCAUCCCUUUGUUGUGUUUAGGGCUUUUUACUGCAGCAUCAGUUGGUAUAAUUGUCUGGUUAUUGGAAAAAAGAUCGAAUGCUGACUUCAAGCGAAAGUUUCCUUUAGGAGUACUGGACGGAUUUUGGUGGGCAUUGAUCACAAUGUCAACAGUGGGAUAUGGAGAUAUGGUCCCAAGAAGUCUAUUCUCGCGAACCAUCAGUUUCAUCUGGGUACUUGUUGGUCUCAUGUCUAGUGCUAUUUUAACAGCCACUGUCACAGAUACGUUGUCUGAUCCUAACUUUAUAAAGAUUGAGGGAGAAAAGGUUGCAGUGUUGGUAUAUUCCGCAGAACAACAGAUUGCAAAGCAAUACAAUGCUAGACCGCUAGAAAGAGACAAUUACGAAGAAGUUUUAACUGCUCUACGGAACGGUGAUGCAUACGCAGCACUUAUCAGCUCCGACAUCGCUAGUUGGAUGCAAGAGAAAAUACGAGGGGAAGACGACGAUGUCAAACUCAGUAUUGUUUACGAAAUCCAGCAAGAAAUUCCUGUUGGGGAUAUCGAGUAUAAUUACAUCAAAGCCAAAGAAAAAAAUUGGUUUAAUGAAUCUUGCUUCAAAGAAAACAUACAGGAGAUUGUUACUGAGACUUUAGCCUUUUACUACAAACACACAGUGUUCGACGCAACUUAUACUCCAUCUCUAUUUGAGACUUUCCAUCCAAAAACCGGACUUGGUACAUAUUUCAUUGUAGCUGUAGUCGUUUUGGUCAUGGUAGCAGGAAUGGAGGAGUUCGUAUACCGUCAAUAUCACAAGAAGAAGGAGAGUGUAGAAAAAGACGAACUGGAAUUGACACAAAAGCAAAGUUCGAAUUUCAAAAUACAUGUCAACAAUGAAUUGGUACAACUGAACAGAAACUUUCAAGAAAUGAAGUCAAUCUUGCAAGGGCUUGAAAAAAGAUUACAAGAAAAAUAAGAAAAAGCUUUAGAUAAUAAUUAACAAUAACACAUUCGAAACACCAAAUAGAAUUUUAACCACAUGCAUCAAAACUUGAUUGUGUAAAAACAACUUAGAAAUAUUUAAAAAAAAUAUAAAUUGAUCAUUUUUUCGAAGGGAUGUUUUCAAAAAUAUGUAAUACAUAAAACCUACUUUACACUUAAUUAAACAAGUUAUAUAUGUAAGUAUACCCAUACAAAACAGGCCUUAUUGACAGCGUACAGCGACUGACAGUUUCCAUAGAAAAUAUGCACGGAAGACUUU